AUCUCUGAGAUUGCCAAGGACCUCAAUCUUGGUCCAGAACACUACUCUCUCUAUGGCAAAUAGAAAGGCAAGGUUUGGAAUCCGGUGCAACUCUCCAUUCUCCGGUCCAGCACUGCCAUAGCAAUCCCCGCCAUUCCCUAGUGCAGAGAAAGCCCCAAAUCGGGGAGAAGAGAAAAUUGUCGAGAAGAGUCGGACAGGGUUUCUCACGGGAACGAUGAUUUCUGGAAUUUUGCCAGGAAGGAUUCCUUCAGAUAUUGGGCAGAUUAGAUAGUUAGAAUCACUUGACUUUCACAAAACCAGCUUUCAGGUCAGCUUCCUUGGAGCAUGUCCCAUUUAAAUUUUCUCAACACUUUGAACCUGUCAUAUAACAACUUUUCUGGAAGAAUCCCAUUAUCAACCCAAAUGCAGACCUUUGAUGCUUCUGGAUUUGUUGAUAAUCCUGAACUCUGUGGGCUUCCUCUAAGACCAACUUGCUUAGAAGAAGAAAAAUCAAAGAGCAAACCAACAGACUGUGGUGGCAAAGACAACAAAGAAGACAGAAUAGAAUUCUGGAAAUCGUUUGAACUGGGUAUGGAACUAGGAGCAAUCAUUGGUUUUGUGGGAGUUUGGCUGUGAAGUUAGAUCAUCCUUGGAAACAUCUGUUGUUCAACAACAUGAGAGUCUGCAUCAGCAACUUGAAAGGCUGCCUUUAUUCAAUUGUAGCAACAUUUGGUUUGCUGGUGACAGAGCAUGUCUCCGGAUUGUGAAUAAAAUUGAAGUUUUAAG